GCUUUCAGCUCGCCAGCCCCUAUUAAGCAUCCCACUUCAACUCUUUACAUACCACAUUUUUCAGGGUCUUUGUAGAUGUGCUCCGCAUCUCCGAUUCCAUCUCCGAACUCCGACGGAUAUUCAGCAUGAUGGAAAUCUACAAAGAUAUUGGCAAAGAUAAUAGACUGUCGUCCGUAUCGUUUACAUCAGCCGACUAGACUCGAUGGGGCUUAUGAAAAACCAUUAUGGCUAAAAUAGGGAAUUACAGAUCUUAUGUAGGCCUACUUGGUAGUAGUAUAUUUAUGCAGAUGAGACUUAGCUCGGCUUCGUUUGCUCAUAUUGUCGGUUUCCGACUACCGAGUCUCGGCCGGGUAGGUUGCCAAUCGCCAUCACCCCUUCACGAGGUUGGGUCAUCUGCUUUAGUUCGGUAAAUAACUAUGCCAUUAUUUUUAUCAUCUUCCUGUAUGAACCGCCUAGAAUAGCCUUGUUUUCCCUGAACCAAUCCAAGAUAUCUACCCUUAGAGAUAUCAGUCUCAUAUUCAGCCUCCCUUACGAUAAUUGUCACGGGAAAGUCAUGGUAGAGUCAGAACCGGUGUUUGCUACCUCCUUCCCACGAUUUCCAAACCUACCAGCAGAGUUGAGACAUAUUAUAUGGCGCUUUGCUUUGCCGCAUCGAGUUUUUGAAAUCCGGAACGAAACCGUCUCUAUCAGGCGGGACGGCGAGGCUAACGUUACCAAAGAGUUGGACCACGAUUCUUGGCGGAUUCGCGGCUCAGACCUGGUAGCCGUGAUAUUAGCUCCGCCAACGUUGCUUUCAGUAAAUCAUGAAGCACGGAGCAUCGCUUCGCGGUCUGGGUCAUGGAAGUUCGUUGGUAGUCGUCCUCGUGACGUCUACUGCGUGAUUAAGCAGAUGACGUGGUUUGAUCCUUCGACUGAUACACUCUGCUUCGAUGAGUCCGUUUUUCAACAUGUUCAGGAUUACGUUACGGAAAAAAACGGUCUCGUUAUGGAACAUGUCAACAAUCCCGCCGUCACCAGGUUUUACUUCGCCAGCUCUCCCGCAAGUCCAGUCUGCGUGAGCCUCGCAGCUCUGUUAGGUGCUUCGGGAAAGUUCUUCGUAAAGCAAUGGAAGUAUAAGCGGGGUUUCUGGUCCGGCGUACCACAGUAUCUAUUCUACCACGACAGCAUACUGAUGCACCUUGGUAGAUCUCCCAAGGUGCAAGCGAUCUUUGGAAAGGGUAUUGAUAGAUGCCAUACCCUUCUUGUUAAUGCUCACGACCGUGGGAAACUGCGGCAGCUAAAAGAGCUAUACGUUGAGGAGUCAGAUCCGCCAUACUUCCAGCGGAGCGUUGCAGAUUGGCUUGAAGACAUUACGGAACUAGAUGAGAAGUAUAUUAAGCAGUCUUAUAACGAUCUAAAAACCCUUUGGCUUAGAGCUCAAGAUGACAUUCCAUCCUCAGCCCUAGUCAUCUCGCCGAAUCAGAUGAAUGUCCAGACAAAAUCAGUAAUCGGCCCUGGAGCUGUUCUUCACGCCGUACAACAAUUCGACCAUGGCCACCCCCGGUGCCGUGAAAUCAUCAAGGCUAUGCCGCGCAUGGAGCUCGUGGUUCACUUUCGGCUGUGUAUCUCCAACCAUGAUAAAAAAUGUCGCAAAAAGCCCAAGUGUCUCGGAAACGGAGAGCCGCUAGAAAUAGAUGUCAAUACGCACCUUGAGCAACCGUAGUUCCAGG